AUUAAGUCUAGAACUGUUAGAGUCUUUCACAGUUGUUUGUGAUGGUAUUGAGGUGAAAAACUGAGUGAGAGUGCAGGGGCCGGUGCGGUGUUAAGUGCGAUGUUUAACAUGGACGGUAUAAGCGGCAACCACCGCUGCCUACCAGUGGAGAGCAGCAGUGUUGUCCCCGUGAGUCUGGGCGGGUCACCCACUUCCGCGAAUGGGUCAGAUUUGUUCCUCUACGAUGAUUCGUCCAUGUCGGAUGGCAGUCUAUACGCGAGCGACCAAGAGAACCUGUCUAUACCAAGAAAACGGUCGGAGUACCGGCGGCACCACAAGCGGCGUUCGCGCUGCCCGCAGCAGCAGAUCCAGCAGCGCCAGGCGGCUAACCUGCGCGAGCGCCGACGUAUGCAGUCCAUCAACGACGCCUUCGAGGGCCUGCGCGCCCACAUCCCCACCUUGCCCUACGAGAAGAGGCUCUCUAAAGUAGAUACUCUAAAACUGGCUAUAGGAUACAUCAGCUUCUUAGGCGAAUUGGUAAGAGCAGAUCGCAACUCUCCUAGUCACAUGUUAACUGGUUCGGGCAAGAAACAUGAUAACGAAGAACGGAAAAAAGUGGUAAUACGAGCCCGUCAAGUAUUUGAUUCUACUGGUAUCCCGACAGUGGAGGUAGACUUGGUGUCCGAACUUGGAUUGUUUCGUAUCGGAGUACCAAACACUGAUUCUAAAAAAGUCGCCGAAGCAGUUCAGCUCCGUGAUAACAAUCCUGCCGAGUAUCGAGGAAUGGGCGUCAAGGCUGCAGUUAAAAAUAUAAAUACCAUUAUUGCUCCUGAACUCAUAAAACAAAAUCUUGAAGUCAUAAAUCAAAAGGAAAUCGAUGAUUUUAUGAUUGCUCUGGAUGGAACGGAAAACAGAUCACGAUUAGGUGCGAACGCCAUCAUGGCCGUAUCAUUGGUGGUGGCGAGAGCCGGGGCGGCCAAGAAAGGUAUUCCUAUUUACAGACACAUCUCGGAUUUGGCUGGCACAAACACCAUAAUACUUCCGGUACCACAUCUAACCAUUCUGACAGGCGGGAUCCUGUCUACGAAUGGACUACCAUUUCAAGAGUAUUGCGUGAUGCCUACCGGUGCCACAAACUUUUCGGAUGCAAUGAGAAUGGGGACAGAAAUAUAUCACUACGUCAAGCAGGUUGUGAAAGAAAAGUAUGGCGUCUUAGCUACUUAUGCCGCUAAUAACGGAGGCAUGUCGAUUCCUAUGGAAGGGCACCGCGAUGCUCUCGUCUUCCUCACUGACGUCAUAAAGCAGUGCGGUUUUACGGGUAAAGUAGAAAUCGCCAUCAACGCGGCAGCCACUGACUUUUACAAGGAUGGGUCGUACGAUUUAGAGUUUAAAAAUCCCCAUUCCAACCCACAAGGGUAUAUGUCGUCAGACAAACUUGCGGAGGUAUUUUUAGACAACAUAAAAGAGUUUCCCGUAUGCUCCGUCGAAGAUCCAUUUGAAUACGACGACUGGGCCGCUUGGUCCAAUAUGACUAGUCGGACGCAGGCGCAAGUUUGUGGAAACGAUUUGACCCAAACAAGCUUAAGGAGAAUCGGAUUAGCAGUGGAGAAAAAAGCUGCCAACUCUGUAGCUUUGCGUGUGAAUCAGGCGGGAACAGUGACGGAGGUCAUAGAAGCUUUCAAGCUAGCAAAAGCGAAUGGGAUGGGGUGUUGUGUGAUGGACCGCGCAGGCGAUACCGAAGACUUGUUCCUAGCCGACUUGGUGGUCGGUCUAUCCUGCGGCCAGAUCAAGUGCGGGGGACCGUCGCGCGGCGAGCGUAUCAGCAAAUAUAACCAAAUAUUGAGGAUUGAGGAAGAACUUGGGGCAUUGGCUAAAUAUGCCGGCAAAAAUUUCAGAGGCCAACAACAAUGA